AGUAAAUAUAUACAGUACAUACUACAUGCCGUUGUGCAUCUGCAGCGUAGCCAGAUUCUCUCUUGGUGUUGAGAUAUAGAAGAGUUUAGUUUCUUUCAGUGACGUUGUUAAAGAUGGAGUGAGCGACUGAUGGAUUUGAUUGACAGGUACGUGAACGGGAGUGGGUAUUUUGCGGACCUGGCGGAUGCGUUGGAGAACGCGAAGGAGGAGAUCUUCAUCACUGAUUGGUGGUUAAGUCCCGAAAUUUUCCUCAAGGAGCGUCCAGCACAGAAUAACCAAUGGCGUCUUGACCAGAUCCUCAAACGCAAAGCCGAGGCAGGUGUAAAGGUUUAUGUACUGUUGUACAAAGAGGUUCCAUUUACCAUCAGCAUUGACAGCAAGUACAGUAAGAGAGCCUUGAUGGACCUGCACAAUAACAUCAAGGUGUGAACCCUACACAAAACACACUACACUAUACUGAGACUUUUUUACGAAUUAAUCCCUCUUGUUCGUUUAUUUGUUUGUAGUGAUGGUAAUUUAUGAUUGUUUAUCUUGCUGUUGCCUAGGUUAUGCGUCAUCCCAACCACGUGACCUCCG